CAGUAGCGUCGCAGCAGCAACUCCUCCGUAUCACUCUCCGGCCAGUCGCUGCAGAAGUUUCCUUGGAACAGCACAUGGGUGCGAUAACGGCCGCAAUUGGGGACUUGGUUCUCACCUUCCUGUGGGUGUUCUGUUCGUCGACGUUUGGUUUACUAACGACGCUCACAGUGACAACCUUUGGCCUCCAGGGCAUCGCCUGGGCUCCCGUUGCGAUCACCACUGUGCUGAUAUUCGCUUUUGUGUUUGUGUUUAGCUUGAUCGCCGAAGCCCUUGGAGGGGCGAGCUUCAAUCCUACUGGAAAUGCCUGCAUCUUCGCUGCGGGGCUAGGCGGUGAUUCGCUCAUCUCCAUGGCCCUCCGUUUCCCUGCUCAGGCUGCAGGUGCUGUGGGUGGUGUCCUGGCAAUUAUGGAGGUGAUGCCAGUGCAGUACAAAAACAUGAUUGGGGGUCCAUCUUUAAAAGUGGAUGUUCACACUGGAGCCAUUGCUGAGGGGCUAUUAACUUUUCUAAUUUCCUUUGCUGUCCUUUUAAUUAUUUUUAAGGGUCCUCGAAAUGGAAUAUUGCAGGCAUGGUUGCUCGCUCUUGUAACAGUAGCCUUGGUUAUUUCUGGUACUCACUAUACAGGACCUUCCAUGAAUCCUGCCAAUGCAUAUGGCUGGGCAUAUUUAAAUAAAUGGCACAACACUCCGGAGCACUUCUAUGUUUAUUGGAUUUCCCCAUUUAUAGGCGCAAUAUUGGCUGCCUGGGUAUUCCGAAUUUUCUUUCCCCCACCUGCACCAAAGCAGAAGAAAGCCUAAUGUGAACAUAAUCAGUUUAUUUGUCCAUCCAUAACAGUAGAUAAAACAUGCGUAAUAAGCCUUUCCUCUUUCACUUUUGUUCCUUUUGAACAUUUUAACUUGAUAUUUAAAUUUAUUUUAUAUGUUUCUGGAUAUUUAGAGGGAUAGCAUGUAUAAAAGCAAGCUUAUGCAUUGCUUUUGCAUUCUUUCUGUAAUGUUUAAUCUGUCUCAUUGAUGUUUGAUUAAUAAUCUCAUCUUGUCUCG